AUUUGGAUCUUGUGUUCUUCCUUUUUCGAUCCACACGGCUCAGCCAUGCCUACGAUUGUCUAAGAUUUGCACAAUUUGCAAUCACCCUCAAAAUCUCCCAUUCAUCUGUCCUUAUUUCUAGAGGGAAAACAAUCGACCCGUUAAUUUCAGAGAGAGAAAGAUCGAUCGUGGCAGAUCUGUUUCCGUUUCGCCAAAUUUUCAUUCAUUGGAAGGGAAACAAACAAUCAAGAAAGACAAGUGUGUGGGAUAGAGAAGGUGAUUCGCAUUACAGGGAGCAUUGCCAUUGACAAGGGUAGAAAAUGGGGUGCUCUUUUUCGGGACUCAACGCCCUAUACGAUUCUGCCGCCGGUGAUGUUUGGAUCAACGAACACCGCUUCAAGAUUAUCCGGAAGCUCGGUGAAGGUGGUUUUGCCUAUGUGUUUCUAGUUAAGGAGGUUAUCAAUGAGUCUUCCGAUGGUGGCGUCUCUAAGAAAUUCAAAGACCCCUCUCACAUAUCUGAUGAUGGAACUUAUGCUAUGAAGAAAGUUUUAAUUCAGAAUAAUGAACAGUUGCAGUUCGUGAAGGAGGAGAUCCGUAUCUCGUCCUUGUUUAACCACCCAAAUCUGCUUCCUUUACUUGAUCAUGCCAUUAUUUCAGUAAAGGGCACACCAGAACAAACUUGGACGCACGAAGCAUAUCUAUUAUUUCCUGUCCAUUUGGAUGGGACAUUGCUGGACCAUGCAAAAGCUAUGCAAGCUAAGAAGGAGUCCUUUUCUACCUCUGAUGUUCUCGAAAUUUUCCGUCAGCUUUGUGCAGGACUUAAGCAUAUGCAUAAUCUUGAAACUCCAUAUGCGCAUAACGAUGUCAAACCUGGAAAUGUCCUUCUCACACAUCGUAAAGGGCAGCCACCAUUGGCUGUCUUGAUGGAUUUUGGAAGUGCUCGUCCUGCUAGAAGGCAGAUCCGCUCUCGAUCAGAGGCGCUCCAGCUGCAGGAAUGGGCAGCUGAGCAUGUUUCAGCACCUUUCCGAUCUCCUGAAUUGUGGGAUUGCCCGAGCCAUGCAGACAUUGAUGAAAGGACUGACGUAUGGUCUUUAGGUUGCACUUUGUAUGCUAUAAUGUAUGGUGUUUCUCCAUUUGAGUAUGCACUAGGGGAGUCAGGAGGAAGCUUGCAGCUGGCUAUCAUAAAUGCACAGAUAAAAUGGCCAACGACCCCUAAACCAUCAUAUCCAGAAGCCCUUCAUCAGUUCGUUUCAUGGAUGAUCCAGCCUCAAGCGACAGUUCGGCCUCGCAUAGACGACAUCCUCAUCCACGUUGACAAAUUGAUCACAAAAUUCUCCCAGUAAACUCAACUUCACUCAAUGUAUCCUCUCAUUAGUGGUUACCAUCCACUUCAUAGAUAUCAUCAAUCUUAUAUUUCAAGUAAAAAUGUGAACAACAAGAAGAGUUGCUAGUUUAUUGUCAUUAGAUAUGUUUUUGAUGUAUCAUUUUGAUUAGAAAUAUUGGAACUUGCAGUUUUUGUAAUAUUUAUGGGAGCACUGUUUAAAAUAAUACAUUCUCAGUGGUUGGUUUGUAUAACAUAUUCAGGAACUGGUGUCUUUCUGAACUCA